AUGCUAGCUGCAGAAUUUUCAAAUUCCGAUUAUUCCCGUCGUUUAUUGACCGCAGUCGAUGCGAUGCGACAAAUAUUACAUACAGAACCAAUUAAACUUCCAGAAAUAGUUGUUGUUGGCGAUCAGUCUGUGGGAAAAUCGUCAGUUUUGGAAGCGCUGUCUGGUGUCCAAUUACCUCGUGCCAGUAAUAUUUGUACUCGUUGUUCAUUGGAAUUGCGCUUAAAACGAUUACAAGACACGAGUAAAGAAGAAUUUGCAACAAUUGAAUGCUUGGCUAACAAAGAAAUAAAAACAAUACCAAAUUUUAAUGAUAUUCAAGAAGAAGUGAUAGAAAUGACAAAAAAGCUAGCUCUCCGAAAAUAUUCACGAUCAAAAAUAGUUCAUUUGAUAACAAAGUACAUCGAACCGGAAACAGCAAUUGUUUUACAUGUUAUUCCGGCCUCCAAAGAUUUCACACGAUCAGAAUCAAGGAAAUUAUCAAAAGCGUACGAUCCAAAUGGUGAACGGCAAUUGAUUGCUGUUAGCAAAAUUGAUCAAUGUGAUGGAGCUAUUGGAGAGAAAUUACAAGGUAUUGGAUCGGGUGCAAUGGCAUUACGACUAGGGUGUGUUGCCGUUUUGAAUCGAAAUCUUAAAGAGCUUAAAGAAGAUCUUAGCUUCGAUGAAAUGAAAAACCGCGAAAAAAUAUUCUUCAAAACAAAAGCCCUAUUUGAUGAUAUACCAGAGGAUUUUAAAGGUAGUGAACAACUGGUGAAGAAAUUAGUUAAUAUACAACACCAACGGAUUCGAUUAAUAUUUCCGAAAAUAAUGGAAGAAAUAAAACAAAAAAUCAAACAGAAAAAAGCUGAACUGAAACUAUUACCAACAGCUUUAACAUCGGAAAUUGCUUGUUGGGCGAAAUAUAAUGAACUAAUUAGCUUAGAUCGCGAUAGUAUACAUUCAAAAGUGAAUGGAAAAUAUGAUUAUCAGACAACAAUGAACGAAAAAUCUUCACAAUAUGUCAUGAAAUUGACCGAAGAAUCGUCGGGUAUUGAGUUGGACAAUUUUAUUUCAUUUGAAUUAUUUGUACGUUUGUACGAUGGCGAACACCAUAUAAUUGAUACAGAAUUUCCGUAUCUAUCGAAUGAGAUUAUUUUCAAUAUGGGUUAUGUUUGA